UUUUAUUUUUACGUAUCAUAUCUUAGCAACAGAUGAUAAUGGGAAAAUCAAACAUUUCAUAUUUAGGUCUUUGAAGAUGCAGAUGUAAAAUUCAAGUGGAACUAGGAAAAAAAUAAAGCGAAGUCCACAUAAACACUACAAAAGCUACCAAAAAACAGAUACUUCUCAAGAUAAUUUGCUUGAAGCGGAGAAAUUUUAAUUGUGUAGAGAUGUGCGAUCCAUGCACUGGAGCUCUUUGUGGACCUUGCCAACCUUGUGGACCUUGCGCCCCGUGAGACGAGUACGAUCAGCGGUUUACAAUCCCACGCCGAAGCCGAAGAUCCCCAAAACUAAUUGGUACUGCACACCUCCGAAUCGCUGCUGCAAGUCGGUAUGGAAAGCCCCCCGGCCUUGUUGCUAUGAAGCGCCUUGUCGAGCUCACUGCUACAACGUUGAACGUUUCUUCAACUACUGUCGGCAACCGAUGAGAAGUCCUCUAUUGAACACGUACUGCUGUGGACCCUGCUAAAAUGAAUUAAAUUGGAGAAAAGGAUGGCAAUAAAAAGGUUUAUUAUUCA